AUGCGCGAGAUUAAGGACAAGGUUCUACGCAAAAUACUUGUUAACAUGGGUUACGCAUUGACGGAGGCUACAUUUAAUUACUAUUGCGGAGAAAUCAGAAGAACAAACACUGAGGCUUUAAAUUGGAUAGACAAUAUUCCUAGGGAGAAGUGGGCUAGAGCAUUAGGCAGAGGGCAACGUUGGGGACAUAUGACUUCUAACUUAGCAGAAGCAAUAAACUUUGUACUAAAGGCAACAAGAAACCUUCACAUCACUGCAUUAGUCCAGUCGGCAUACUAUCGAAUGGGUUCACUCUUUGGUAAACGAGGACACAAAUGGACCAAAAUGCUAUCUUCAGGCAAAGUUUUCAUAAAUGGUUGUAACAAGGGAAUGGCUGAGGAGGUAGCCAAGGCUAACACACACAACGUCAUGCAAUUUGAUCGCGAAAGAUUCUGUUUCAUGGUGUAG